CCGAGGUUGGUGAUCGCCCCAGUGGACAGCAGGGAACGGCGGAUGCAGAGCAGCAGGACCAGCAACAGCAGCAGCAACAGCAGCAGCAGCAACAGCAGCAGCAGCAACAGCAGCAGCAGCAACAGCAGCUGCAGCAGGAACAAGAGCGACAACAACAGCAGCAACAGCAGCAGCAGCAACCGCAGCAGCAGCAACCGCAGCAGCAGCGAGAGCAGCAGCAGCAGCUACAGCAGCAGCUGCAGCAGCAGCAACAGCAGCAACAGCAGCAGCAACUACAACAACAGCAGCCGCCGCAGCAGCAGCGCCAGCAGCAGCAGCAGCAACAGCAGCAGCAGCAGCAGGAAAGGGCGGAGCAAGAGGAAGAUGAGGAGACUCGGAGUAGCGAGCAGCGUGAGCUCCAGCAGCAGCGAUUCCAGCAGCAGCAGCAGCAGUUCGAGCAGCAGCGCCUGCAGCAGCAGCAGCAGCAGCAGCAGCAGCAGGAAGAGGCCAGCAUUGCGGUGCAGCAAGACCUGUUUAGCUUCGAGCAGCAGCCGCGGGAUCUGCUGCAGCAGCAAAUGCAAAGAGAAGCAGCAGCAUGGAUGCUGCAGCACUAUGUACAUGCAGCAGCAGCAGCAAGGCAAGACGGCGCCAGCAGCAGCAGCAGCAGCAGCAGCAGCAGCAGCAGCAGCAGCCAGGCCUCGCGCUUUCCCCUCAUGCCGUUUUCGUCAGAGGCAGCGGCAGCAAACGCAGCGGCAGCAGCAACAGCAGCAGCAGCGGCAGCUUCGUUUCGCAGCCUAGGGGAGCAGCAGCAGCUGCAGCAGCAGCAGCAGCUGCAGCAGCAGCAGCAGCAGCUGCAGCAACACGCAUGCAUUUCUUCUCUUGUCCAUAACGGAGGCAGCGGCGGGAUCCGAGUCGAUAUGUUUGCUGCUGCCUCUCAAGCUGCUGCUGCUGCUGCUGCUGCUGCUGCUGCUGAGGGCGACCGCAAGAACGCAGCAGCAGCAGCAGCAGCAGCAGCAGCAGCAGCAGCACCUGGCGUCGCUGCAGCAGCAGCAGCAAACCUUACCCACAAGGUCUUGAGUUUUUCAUUUGGUGCCUCUACUCCCAGCAGCAGCAGCAGCAGCAGCAGCAGCAGCAGCAGCUGCAGCAGCAGCAGCAGCAGCAGCGGGGCAGAGGCAAAGGAGGAGAGGGCGAGGAAGCGCGGGGAGCAGCAUCAACAGCAGCACCAAAUAGCAGCAGCAGCAGCUGAAGCAGCAGCAGCGUCAGCAGCAGCUGAAAGAGCAGCAGCGCGUCAGCAGCAGCAGCUGAAACAGCAGCAGCAUCAGCAGCAACAGUAG